AUGGCUUCUUUCAAUCUUCUUUGCUAUGCUACUUUCACAUACCUUGCUUUGCUCUCCUCCUCUACUUUCUGCUUUGCUUACCCAUUUGGAUGGGAUCAUGGUGGUGGCGGAGGUGUUGGUGGUGGCCGCCGCCCCAUUGGCGGUGAAACGUAUUCUGGACUUCUCCCAGGUUUCUACGGUCACUCGUGCCCUCAAGCGAACGACAUUGUCAUGUCUGUCCUCGAAAGGGCCAUUUCCAAGGACCCAAGAAUCGCUGCUUCUUUGCUUCGGCUUCAUUUUCAUGACUGUUUUGUUCAGGGAUGUGAUGCGUCGGUCUUGUUGGAUGAUAGCGAAACAUUUGUUAGCGAAAAGAAAUCGGUGCCCAACAAGAAUUCUCUUCGAGGAUUUGAAGUGAUCGAUGAGAUCAAGUCUGAGCUCGAAGAAGCAUGUCCCGAGACUAUUUCUUGUGCUGAUAUUCUUGCCCUUGCUGCCCGUGGUUCCACGGUUCUAAGUGGUGGACCGAAUUGGGAAUUGCCGUUAGGAAGGAGGGAUUCGAGAAAAGCAAGUCUCAACGGCUCAAACAAGAACAUUCCUCCGCCAAAUUCAACCGUUCAGAACCUUUUGACGUUUUUUCAGCGCCAAGGCCUCAACGAAGUUGAUCUAGUCUCUCUUUCUGGAGCUCAUACAAUAGGAAUGGCAAGAUGUACCACAUUUAAGCAAAGGCUAUACAAUCAAAAUGGGAACAACCAACCAGAUUCAACUCUAGAGAGAAGCUACUACCAUGACUUAAAAUCCGUAUGCCCGAAAACCGGUGGCGAUAGCAACAUUUCGCCACUCGAUCUUGCAUCACCGGCAACAUUCGACAACACGUAUUUCAAGCUCAUUCUAUCGGGAAAAGGACUUCUAACUUCCGAUCAAGUUCUUCUGGCCGGAAAUCUUGGGAAAACUAUGCAGUUAGUGAAGGCUUUCGCAGAUGAUCGUGCUCUUUUCUUCGGCCAUUUUGGUCGGUCUAUGGUGAAAAUGGGAAACAUCAGUCCUCUCACCGGCUACAACGGUGAAGUCAGGAAGAACUGUCGUAAAGUUAACUUAUGAUCGAUAUGCUAUGUGUAUGUUUAUGAAUCUAAUGACUCUGAUCAUGACGUGGUUUCUUGUUGAAUUAGUAUUAUGUAAUUUAUCAACGCGUUGAGAUAUGAUGGAUUUAUAAUCGAGUUAUUGGCGUUGCUUCUA